GCUCCGCCUUUUCAUUAUUAAAAAUGGAUGCAGCAGCCAUCAUUAGUCUAUUGAACAGUACUAGUGAUAGAGUGGAUCAGUUUCAUGUUGAAGUGUACCGCCUGUCUCUUUAUGGUGCUGGGAUCAGAGGAAUGGAAGAGGAGACCUCAUUAUUUAACUUAUUCAAUUCUCUCAACACCUCUACAGGUGACCUCCAGCUGUCAGUAUCCUUCACUGUACACGUAUUGAAGAAGUUUGGAUUCACUGGACUAGCUGAACUAACAAGAUAUGCUUCCCCUGACUUUAACAUGGCGUCCUCUUAUCCUAAAGCAGACCUACUCUUGACUGUCACCUCCUUCUUGUAUGAUCUUCAUCCGGUAAGAGAGAGAUCAAACGCCCUCACCUUCAUAAGCAGUGUCUAUCUUAACGGGUACAACUAUAGAUCAGUAACCAUGCCUCAGUUUGUUAAAGUGAUGUUUGAUAAAGGUGUCAUUAUGAUUGGAGAUGUAUCAGCACUGGAUUCACUAAUAAAACAGUACAGACCUUCUUUCUUCAAUGAAUACAUGGAGAGAAGUAAACUCACUAAUACUAAUAGCACAUUUGUUUCUGAUGAUGCCACGCAAGACAAUACAGCACCAGCUCCUACUAUUCCUGAUGAUAGAGCCACAGGCACUGUUGCAGCAGAAAAAGGACAACCUUCAGCUCAAGUCAACCAGCCACCAACUACUGGAGGAGGUAAUUGCACAGUUUCUGGUAGCACACAAACCAGUACUAACUCAUUUAAUAGCACGAACACUGUUACAGCAGCAGGAAAAGAGGAAAAGGUAUCUGAUGAUGUCACUAAAGGUAUUAAAUUCCUGCUGAUGACUGCCACUGAUCCAGAGCUGAAAGGAGUGUUGGAGCGUUUGAAGCCGUUAGAUGGUCGGGAUGAAGUUAUUGAACAGUUUAAAAAUGGUGUUGAUUUGUACAUUGGAAAGUAUGGGAAGCACCCAGUUGUUGUUGGACAGAGUGCACAUACAAAGGGUCAACAAGGCUCCUUACCUGCUGAAAAAGUCACAAAUAAGAUAAUGGAGAUAUUUAAGCCAAAAUAUAUAAUCGCCAUUGGAGUCUGCUUUGGAAUGGACGGAAAAGAAGUAAACCUUGGAGAUGUCAUUGUUUCAGACCGUAUUGCUGACUUGUAUAACAUUCGUGUGGAACCAGGUUGUAUCAAGGCUCGUAUAACAGAUGCAGACAAAGCAGGAGAUACUCUUGUAUCAUUAUUUAGGAAUCCUCGUAAUGAUAUUGUAUCAGUUAUUGGGAAAUCUCGUAGAUUUAAUAUGGUGAAACCUAGUUUUGAUAAAGAAAAUGCCAAAGAAGUCAAAGUUCAUUGUGGUCCCAUGGUUUCUACUCCUGCUUUGGUGGACGAUGCAGAAUUUAAGGAGAAAUUAAGCAAAGCACGUCCUGAUGCACUCGCUGGGGAAAUGGAAGGAGCUGGAAUAUUUCUUGCUGCUAAGGAUCAUAAAGUGGAAGCUAUUGUCAUUAAAGCCGUUGGAGAUUUGGCUGAUGGGAAGAAGAUUGAAUACAAAGAUUGGAAGCCUUUCGCAUGUCAGGCAGCUGCAGAAUAUGUUCUUCAUCAUUUAGAUGAUGAUCGUACAAUUCAUAUGUAGUGUGAACUAGAGUGAAACAAUUGUUUUUAUUAGAGCUAUUAGUUUUUGUUGUGAAUUUAGCCUUUGCCUUUUUGAUAAAAUUAGUUUUUUAGAUCUUGCAUAAUA